AUGUAUCUGGAAGAACUUGUUAAACCAUUGCAAGAAAAUUAUGGGCCUACAGAGUUUCAAAAUUCGGACGAGCAUCUGCGUAGCAUCCGACAAACUGGUUCAAUACAGGAGUACCGUCAAGAAUUUGCAAAACGUUCAUCUAGAGUCACAGACUGGCCAAAUCAGUAUAUCUUAGGGGUUUUCAUGAAUGGGCUUAAAGAAGAACUCAAAUCAGAUGUGAGAAUUCAUAAGCCUAGAACUGUUUAUAAAGCCAUGAGCCUUACAAUGGAAUUUGAGCAAAAAGUUAGUUCUAAUCGUGGGCAUAAGUCUCAAUGGUCAAAUCUGUCACAAUCCAACACAAUCCAAACUGGUUCUGCACGUGAUGUUCCUUACUAA